AUGCAAAACAUGCUUAGGCGCUUCUCCUUCUCUUCUUCCUUCAGAGAGUUUAUAAGACACAUCUCAGACGAAUUAUUUACAGCAGGGGAGGGCAUAGAGCAUCCAGGGUACUAUACAGUCUAUGGAAAGAGCAUUCGAGUAGAGGUAAAGAGCCUUCAGAGGCCGCACUCUCCUGUGAUAGAGCUGAUGUUCAUGGGGAUGCUUUGCAUUCUGGCCACAAUGAUAUUUAAGUGUGCAGCCUGCUCAAUGAAGCCAAAGCUAUUUGACAUUUCAGUAGGGUGCCUCUACAUAAAUAUAUGUUUGGCUGCUAUAACUGUGCUUCUUGUCUGUCUGGAGUUUAGGAAGCUCUACAAAAUAGAGCCAGCUUAG